AUGGCCUUCCUCCGCGCGCUCCGGGCCACGGAGCCUCUUCUCCAGCGAUCAACGAUCUACCAAGCCACUCCCCGCCGCAUCGCGUCUCUCAACCCCCAAUAUACCCGCCCAGCAUCCAACAGGUCGUUCACCCAACGCUCAUACCCUCAACAAUCCCAAUCCACCCCGACACCAACAACACCAAAGCCCAACUCCCCGAGUUCAACCCCCUCCCCUGCAGCGGCGCGUGCCGAAUCGAUCGCCUCCCAACCGACCCCCACCAGCUCAACAACAUCCAACAUCUCCAAAACCGGUUUAUCCGACAAACCUCUCGAGCUUGACAACACGCCGGCCGAGAAGAUCGACUGGACGCGCUCCUUCCACGGUCUCUCCGCAGAACCUUUUCCCAAAGAAGCCGCCGAUAUUCUCCUCGCAGAGACGAGCCCCGAGGAAGUCGAGAUCAAGCCCGAUGGCAUCUUAUAUCUACCCGAGAUCAAAUACCGCCGCAUCCUAAACCGGGCGUUUGGACCCGGCGGAUGGGGCCUUGUUCCUAGAAGUGAGAGCAUUGUUACCCCGAAGACGGUGACGAGGGAGUACGCUCUAGUUUGUAACGGGCGCCUCGUCUCCGUAGCCCGCGGCGAACAAGAUUACUUCUCCCCCGACGGAAUCCCCACCGCAACAGAAGGAUGCCGAUCCAACGCUCUGGUGCGGUGCUGCAAGGACCUAGGAAUCGCAAGCGAGCUGUGGGAUCCGCGAUGGAUUCGGAAGUUCAAGGCUCAGCAUACGCGGGAAGCCUUUGUGGAGCACGUCGUGAACCGCAGGAAGACCAAGAUCUGGCUUCGCAAAGACGACCCGGUUUCGUACCCGUGGAAGGAGACGAAAUAG